AUGUUCGCUGCCGUCGUCCAAAAGGCCUCAACACUGCUUCGACCGACGUUGGCCCUCUCAAACCUUGCUUCAGCAUCGCGUACACUACUUGGUUCACGGACAUAUUCGUCGCCAGCAUUACCAAGAGACACUCCUUACCCAACUGAAUCCAGGUCUUCUGGACCCCUUGACGCUACCUGGGGUACCCUGAUGAAAAGCUAUCCAAAGGAAAACGGACGAGGAGCCCUUCAAUCCCCACACGAGGUCUGGGCCAUGAACCACGACGGGAUGAGGAACAGACCUCCACCAGCUAACGCGUAUACAGGCCGCACAGUCUUUGUGGGAAAGAACGGCUUUGGCGAAGCAUAUAAACGGCUGGACAUUAUUCUUAGUCGCAACAAAGUCAGAGCCACUGUGCGAAUGGCGGAACGACACGAGAAAAAGGGAGUCAAGCGGCGCAGAUUGAGUAGUGAAAGAUGGCGAAGGCAGUUUGCCAACGAGGUGCGGAAGAAGGUACAGCUUGUCAAGGAAAUCCGCAAUCGUGGUGCAUAA